AUGGCAGUCCCGCCUCUCCCCCGGGUGGUCAUCCUCGACUACUAUGAUUCUUAUACGAAUAAUAUUGUCACGCUCUUGGCCAAGACUUAUACUGAUGAACAGGUAUUGAACAACGUCGUCAUUAUCAAAGCCGACAAGUACACUUGGGAAGAAUUCCAAAAAGAGGUAUUACCGAAUGUCGACUGUGUCAUCCUUUCCCCUGGACCAGGACGGCCCGAGAACCCAGCAGAUAUUGGCUUUGCCCUAGACCUCUUGCGAUUACAUCCCGUCCCAAUCCUGGGUAUCUGUCUCGGCCACCAAGCCAUCGGUUACGCCUUCGGCGGUAAAAUCAUCAACACCCCCAAAAUCACCCACGGCCACGUCAUCCCCAUCGCCCCCGUCCAACCACCUCUUGGGCUGUUCGCUUCCCCUUUAUGGGCUCCGGCGGAACAGCAAAAGGAUACUUUUGAUGUGGUAGUGUAUAACAGUCUGGCUGUCGAUCCUUCUUCACUGCCCGAUGAGCUUGAAGUGACAGCAUGGUCCGUCCCCACGCCCGACCGUCCUAGUACCAUCCAAGGUCUUCGACACAAGACGCUGCCCAUCUGGGGCGUACAAUAUCACCCCGAAUCUAUAUCAUCAACGAAAGGCUCCCCACUCUUACUCUCUUUCCUCUCCGCUGUCCAUGCCCAUCAUGAGAGCCCGGCGUCCUACCCGCCUAUUAUACCGCCUAUACUCGCCUCUUGCUCUUACCGCAUCCACCCUUCCGCAUCCAAUCCCCCUUCUCAUCCCUCACACAACCCUUUGCCGAGGCUAAGCCUGGUAUCCCAUCCUUUCGGCUCAACAGGCCAGGAACAAACAACAGACGACAUCUUCAACCUUUUCAUCCGCUCAAACAAAAUCAACGAAAGCGGGAUAGGCGAAAUAUGGCUAGACGGCCAAACGCCCCUCCGCCCCACCACAUCGUCCCUCGCAACACCCUCAUUUCUCUUGACGUAUUCCCUGGAGACGAGGGCGGUGAGGUUGCAUCGUAAAGGGUUGGCGGUAGAGACGUACGUGUUGGAGGAUGGAGCUACGUUCUGGCAAGCUUUUGCAGACCUCCAAACCGCUUUAUCAUCCUCCCUCUUUGCCUCCGCCUCCUAUUCAUCACCAUCAGUGGAGGAGGAGGAGGACGAGAAAGAUGUUUGGAAAGGAGGAUGGUCCGGGUUCUUCGCGUAUGAGAUGAAAGAAGAAUCUCUCCCCGGCUAUCUUCGCCGUCCCCCCACCUCUCUCAGUGCGAUCACUGCCCAAGCCGAAGGAGAGGUGGAAGAGGUGGACGCUUGCUGGGCGUGGGUGGAUGGGUUUUUGCAGAGGACGCCUGGAGGGGAGUGGGUCGCUAGAGGGAUACUGAGAGAGGAGAGUGAAGAUGGGGGAGAGAGAGAGGGAAGGGGAGAGGGUGGGGGAAGGGGGUUAGAGGGGUGGCUCAGGAAGCAGGGGGUGGAGUUUGGACUUUCGGCCGCACAGUGGAAAACGCAUCUCGAACGCAUUUCGACCGCCCUCUCCUCUCCACCAUCCCCAUCCCCAUCACCUCCCUCCCCCGCCCAAGCCCCCGUCCAACCCCCGGCACCUGAAUCAACAAAACCCUCCGCCUUCCCGCCAUUCCACCCCACCUCCCCCGGCUCGGCCUACAAAUCCUCGAUCGAACACUGCCGUGAAGCCAUCCGCCAAGGCGAGUCUUAUGAGUUGACUUUGACUACGAGUUUUGAGGGGGACGAUGAGCUUUUUGAGAUGUACCUACAUCUCCGGAAAUUCAAUCCUGCCUACUACUCGGCGUAUAUGCACUUCGCGACCCUUACCUCCCCCUCCCUUUCCCCUUCCCUUUCCCCUUCCCCUUCCCCUUCCCCUUCUUCUUCCUCCCCCGCCUACCAAGCGAAGCCUGCAAAAGGCCUAACAAUCCUCUCUUCCUCCCCCGAACGCUUCCUCUCGAUAUCCUCCAAACGGGAGGUGGAGAUGAUGCCCAUCAAGGGUACGAGGGCGAGAUGUGUGAGGGUGGGGAGGGAAGAGGACGAGAGGAGGGGGAGGGAGUUGCAGGAGGAUAUCAAAGAACGCGCUGAGAACCUCAUGAUUGUGGACUUGAUCCGAUCCGACCUCCUCCCGCCUUGUCUCCCCUCCUCCAUCUCCGUCCCGAAACUCAUCGCGCUCGAAUCAUAUGGUGUGCACAACCUCGUCACCACCGUCCGCGGCAAACUCUAUCCCCCUUCCACAGCCAGCCCAGGUGGUGGGGAGAUGGAAGCCAUCGCACGCUGUUUCCCACCAGGCAGUAUGACGGGCGCCCCCAAACUCCGGAGUGUCCAGCUCUUGGACGGAUUUGAGAAGGGUAAGAAGAGGGGAGUGUAUUCGGGGGCGUUGGGGUAUGUGGGGGUGGAUGGGGUUGUGGAUUUGAGCGUGGUUAUUAGGACUAUUGUCCGGCAAGGUGAUCGACUUAGUAUAGGAGCCGGAGGGGCUAUUACUUGGCUUUCGAACCCUCAAGGAGAGUGGGAUGAGGUUUUGACGAAAGUGAAGAGUGUCGUAGGUGAAUUGGAGGGUCUCUGA